CCGUCUCUUCGGCGCGCUCGAUCGUGUUUCUCCGGUCCUCCUUUUUUUUGGGUAUUUAAGGGUCCCUUGAUCCGCUCUGAAACCCAGCUCGCUUCGUUGAGCUGUUUGAAUUGAUCCGCUUUAGCUUUAUCUUCUUCCUCUCACCUCUGCAGGGCACAGAAGGCGCGUGAAGAGAAAUCUUGAUUGUAGCCAUGGUGGUGAUCAACGUGCGGCGAUCGACGAUGGUGAGGCCGGUGGAGCCGACGCCGCAGCGAAGGCUGUGGAACUCCAACCUGGAUCUGGUGGUGCCGCGGUUCCACACGCCGAGCGUGUACUUCUAUCGUCCGGUUGGAUCGGCGAACUUCUUUGACGCGGAGAUGAUGCGCGACGCGUUGGCCCGAGCGCUGGUGCCCUUCUACCCCAUGGCUGGGCGGUUGGCUCGUGAUGAGGACGGACGGAUUGAGAUCGAUUGCAACGGCGAGGGGGUUCUGUUUGUGGAGGCGGAUGCCGAGGCUACGGUGGAUGACUUCGGCGACUUCGCACCCACCAUGGAGCUGAAGCAGCUCAUCCCAAAGGUAGACUAUACCGAAGACAUCUCCGCCUUCCCGCUGUUGGUCCUCCAGGUUACACACUUCAAGUGUGGUGGUGCAGCUUUGGGUGUCGGUAUGCAACAUCAUGCAGCUGAUGGCUUCUCUGGCCUUCACUUCAUCAACUCUUGGUCCGAUGUUGCCCGUGGCAUAGGCAUCACUAUCCAACCAUUCAUCGAUCGAACCCUCCUCCGUGCUCGUGACCCACCCAACCCCUCUUUUACUCACAUUGAAUACCUGCCCCCUCCUUCCAUGAAGGACUCUCUCCCUUCAAACACCAUGCCCCCAACCAUUAACUCAGCCAAAAGCUCAAGCUCCACCACUGCUGUCAACAUCUUCAAGCUCACCCGAGAACAGCUUAACCUCCUCAAAGCUAAAGCUCCGCCAGGUGGUAACUACAGCACAUAUGUCCUCCUUGCUGCUCAUGUAUGGAGGUGUACAUGCAUAGCGCGUGACCUCCAACCAGACCAGAUGACCAAGAUGUACAUUGCAACUGAUGGUCGGCAGAGAAUACAACCACCACUUCCACAAGGCUACUUUGGGAAUGUGAUCUUCACAGCAACACCCAUUGCACCAGCAAGCGAGGUGGCCUCUUCGGAGGGUGGUCCUUCCCCAGCAGCCAAGACUAUCCUGGAGGCUUUGUCGAGGAUGGAUGCCAGCUACUUGCAAUCAGCAUUGGACUACCUAGAGAUGCAGCCGGAUUUGGGGGCUCUGGUCAGGGGUGCUCACACAUUCAGAUGUCCAAACAUUGGGCUCACUAGCUGGGUGCGUCUACCAAUCCAUGAUGCCGACUUCGGUUGGGGUCGGCCAAUUUUCAUGGGUCCAGGUGGCAUCGCUUAUGAGGGUCUAUCAUUUGUCCUGCCAAGCCCCACUGGGGAUGGUAGCCUCUCAUUAGCCAUCUCCUUGCAGCCUGACCACAUGCUAAAGUUCCAGAAGCUCAUCUAUGAUAUCUAAACCUACGAGAUUGUUGGAGUAGUGGGAGCAAAACUUGAACUGUUUUUUGUUUUUCCUCGGAUGGAAGUUCCGAAGGUGUCUGUGUUGUUCUGUGAUGGAUUCUUGCUAUAUGAAUUCUUCUGCAAUAGGUUGUUUUUAUUGUAUAACUAGUAUAGGGUCAAAGUUUACACCGAAGGAAAGGAAUCAAUGUCAACUUUCAGCAUUAAUUCAUACUUCAAAGUACCAACUACCAACUGCAGAUGUACCAGUAUCCAACAACCAUACUUGAAGGUUGUCAUUCAUCACUUGAAAUACUGAAGCAAAUUGUUACCUUGUUUAUCAUUUAUAUACUGUUUAUUUCAGGGUUUAAGAACA